GGAGAGGGGAGGGAGCUGGUCCAAGCCCGGACUGCGCACCCAGCCAGCGCUGAGCAGUGCCUGUGCCAAGAGCCGGCUUCCUUAAAGCCAUGGGCCCGGGGGCCGGCCCCGCAGGCGGAGGGGAGCCGGCGAGCAGGGGCCGGAAAGCAGAGAGGGGAGCCCUCGGUCCCCGGGGUCACCAUGGACAUAAUUUACCUGCGCACAUCCCUGACCUUCCUUCUUCUCCCUGUUGUUGUGUUUGGGGCACCCACUGAUGAACCCAAUCUCAAAGAACCAGCCCCUGGUGCUUGCAAGCGCUGUUGUGACCCACUGGACUCUUCCACAGAUGCCCGACCACUCCCUCCCAGCCACCACCACUUUCCCUACCCAAUGCCAGAGGUCCGUCCCUAUAUCAACAUCACCAUACUGAAGGGAGAGAAAGGAGACCGGGGAGAGCCUGGAAUGCCAGGGAAAUGGGGCAAAGAAGGACCACGAGGUGAGCGGGGUGCCCAGGGCCAGAAAGGCAGUAAAGGACAGAUGGGCACAGCGGGAGACCCCUGCAAGCAUCAGUACGCUGCAUUCUCCGUCGGUCGCAAGAAAGCUCUGCACAGCAGUGAGGGCUUCCAGGUCCUGAUCUUCGACACCGUCUUUGUCAACCUCUACAGCCACUUUGACAUGUUCAAUGGCAAAUUCUACUGCUCAGUGGGUGGACUUUACUAUUUCAGCCUCAAUGUCCACACCUGGAACUUCAAGGAGACCUACAUGCACAUCAUGCACAAUGAAGAAGAGGCAGUCAUCUUGUAUGCCCAACCCAGUGACCGCAGCAUCAUGCAAAGCCAGAGCCUCAUGCUAGAGCUUCAGGAAAAUGAUGAGAUCUGGGUGAGGCUCUACAAGCGGGAGCGGGAGAAUGCCAUUUACAGUGAUGAUGUUGAUGUGUACAUCACCUUUAGUGGGUACUUGGUCAAGCCUAGUCUUGAAUAACUGCCUCUCCUCUUCCUUGGGGCCUCUUUGGCCUUUUCCUUCUCUCUCUCUCUCUCUUUUUCUCUCUCUCUCUCUCUCUUUACUGCCCACAAACACUGCAAAUCACUUGGAAAUGGGCCUGUCAAGUCUCAGGCACUGAGUGUGAAACUUACCACACCAGCUCCCACCUCAUGCCCUCUUGUGUCUGUCCACUUACAUCGUGACACUGCCAUCUCUGACACCUCACCUCCUAAACCAGCUUAGGUUAUUGGCUUCUUCCCAAUCUGCCAGCAAGUUGCCUCUGGAAUUUGGAGUCCUAGAGCAAGAAGAAAGCUAAAAUGCUGCUCCUGGGGAUGUGUCCCUCUUUGAGGCUUCAUUCACAAAGGACUCCUGUAGAAAGGUCUAGAAAGUCCCCACUGCCCAUGUACAUCUUGGCUCCUCUCUUUCCCAACUAGACAUAUCAGUUUUGCAGCCUGAAACAUGGUCUUAAUGUCACAUCUGACACCUGUAGUCCGGAGAGCAGACUGGGGUCUGAUGGUCUCCUGUAGCACAAGAAAGUUGUAGGACUGGUAAGAGAGGAUAGUGUCUUUCCAAAAAGGGAACUGUUGGCCUUCUGAAGUGUGUCACUGGCUAUCCUUAGACACCCUUCUGUGUCACAGAGUCCAGGUUGGCUGUCAAACCUAGGCCUGAUGGGAUUGUCCUCCUCUGUGCCAGCUCUAGCUCUUUGAAGAGAUAAAGGGCCAGACACUUGGCCAGACCAUUCAUGCACAUCUGCUGUUGAAUCAGUAGAGCGCACCAUUCCGUUACCACUACAGGUCACAAAUAAAGAAGGAGAGAGAAAGAGAGAGAGAGAGAGACAACCCUCGAAAACCUCCCUCCCACACCUCCCCUGGUGUGCUACUCGGUCUUGGCUCCCCAGCUGUGGAAAGCUAGUCUAGAUAGUGAACUCGAAUCUACUCUCUUCUUUGGCAGAGGUGCCAUUUCAUUGUCCUCCUGAAGGUGGUUCUCCCACACUGGUAUUCAAGGACUGCUGUUUCAGGACCUGAGCUUGAGACUGGAGGGGCAAUUGCAGUUAAGUCAAUU